AUGCGACAACUGUCAAAUUUGUGGGAUGAGGUGGAUAUGUCGGAGUCGAUGAGAUUGAAACGAGUUGAAAGUGCAUUUACACACAUCUCAGGUCUUUGUGAUGACAUGUUAGCCGGCGAAAAAGAUAUGGUCAGCUCGUUAAGACUCUCGAUCAGUGAAGACAUGAAAAACGUUCGAAAAAUGAGAAGUGAAUUAGAAAUGAAUGAAUACCAGAGACCAGAUGACAUAAAGGAAGGAUCGAUUGCAUUGAGACGAAAUCUACAGCAAGAAGUAAAAAAUUUGGAAACAGAAUUUCAGAAAAGACAUGAAGAUCAGAAGAAUUUGAUCGAAAAGAUUCAUCGAUUGAAAAGGCGGCUUGAUUCUGAUUUUGAUUUCGAGUAUGAGAUUCAUACGCUCUUUCCAAUGUCUGCCUUCCAAAAAUACACUGAAGAUUGUCGUGAAAUGGAGGAACUUUUGAGUCAACGUUGGCAUCGAAUCGAACAACUUCAAACCGAAAUGAAACAAUGGAGAAGUAUGGCAAAUAAUGUUGCGGAAUAUAUAAAAGAAGAUAAAGAACUGAAAGAUAUUCUUGACAGAAAUAUUGAUUCUGAAGAUUUUAUAUUCUCAGACGAGAUCGUAGACGCCUUGGAGUCGUAUUACAAUGACUUGAAACCGUUGUACACACAUUGGUUGGAAGAUAUCGAGUUCCGUUGGACUGAGGAGUUCGAGAAACUUUAUGAUUUAUGGGAAAAAUGUAUGGUUCCAAGAGGAGAACGCCGCUAUUUGGCCACAUUCGAACCAUCAAUCAACUCGGAGAAAAUAUUAGAACAGUUGAAAGAUGAGAGAAAACGAUUGGAUAAAAAAUAUAAAUCAUGCAAAGUUGUGUAUGAAUUAGUGGAGAAAUGGAAUGUGGUCUGGCAAGAGAAAUUGGGAAUCGAUGAGAAACGAAGGCAACCGGAUUACUAUAAGAAAGUGAAUGUACUACCAGAUAACAAGAGAGAACGAGAGUUGGUGGCACAGAUGCCGGUGAUAGAGAAGGAGAUUCGGGCGGCACAUCGAAAGUAUCAGGAAGAGAAUGAAGAUAACUCACAGAUUCUCAUUCAGGGAAUGGAACCUUCCGAGUAUAUCAAAUUUGUGCAAGAGGAACAUAAAAGAGAACUGAAGUUUGAGUUGCAAUUAAAGAAAGAGGAGAAGACAAGAUUGCAAUCACCAACGCCUUCGAGAACACCAAGAACACAGAAGAGAACCAUGUUUAGGACACCGAUGUCGUCGACUAAAAUGGAACCAGUGGCGAAGAAGCUCAAUUUCGACGUUGACCUCCCGCCUUGCAUGUCACCCGCAACUUCGGAAAUGAUCAGCUUCAUUACACCGACACGUAAACAGUUGAGCGGACCAAAGACGUCGUCACCAAAAGAAACUCUCGCCCGUACAUGUUCAACUCCAAUGUCAAAACGAGCGAUGACACCGUCGUCAAUGGCUUCUGGAGCAUCUUCUGCUAAGAAACCGUUGUUAAGACGUAAUUAA